CUGCGGUAUUCGGUCAUUAUGAGUCACACUAUCUGUACACAGAUGGUCAUUGGGUCCUGGUUGGGAGGGGCAGUAACUUCCCUGGUUCAUACAGCCUAUGCCAUGCACUUUCCCAUCUGUCAUCCUCGAGAGAUUCCUCAUUUUUUGUGUGAAGUCAUGGCCCUCCUGAAGCUCACUUGUGAGGACAUUUCAGCCUAUGUAAAAUCAGUGGUAAUUUCAAGCUUUCUUGUGGUUCUCAUUCCCUUGAGUCUCAUCCUGACCUCUUACACACUCAUCUUCCUCGCUGUCCUCCGCAUGAACUCCCCUGAAGGCAGGAACAAAGCUCUGGCUACCUGUUCCUCCCACCUCUGUGUGGUGAGUCUCUACUUUGGCCCCGCCAUAUUGGUCUACAUGAGGCCUGGUUCUUCUAAGACACCCAAAUUAAACCAGUCUCUCUUUAUGUUUAAUGCCAUUCUUACCCCUAUGCUUAACCCUCUCAUUUAUAGCUUGAGAAACAAGGAUGUUAUAGCAGCUGUGAAAGGUAUAAUCAUUAGUAGAUGUCCCCUGGGGAAGACAAAAAGCUGCACCUGA